ACCUAGUCCUGGAUUUCGGGAAUGUUAUUUCCGGUUUGGUUUUCACAUGUAUAAUUUUCUUGAACACCGAACCCGAUUUAUUUUUGUGACAUUGAGGCGGGAAAUCCAACGUGGAAAAGGUUGGGAUAUGCAUAUCUCUUUUGAAUGCCGUUAUCCUUUCAUCUCAGAAGAUGCAUGAAAUAGACGAAGAAACAGGUGACACUUGGAAAGACCUGUUUGAUGGUGAAUUAACAUCACACUCUGGGUUUGUGACAUCUUCCACAAAAUUGGACAAGUUGUUACAGGAGUAUGAUUAUGCAACUUCGUCCAGGUUCCGAUGUAUAAAAAGUUCCAAAGAAUUUGGAAAAGAUGUUGAUGUAGGAAGAAUUGAUAACGCCCAUAUUAGAUUUGUGGACACACAGGGAAAUGCUGAACCCCAAAUAGAAUAUGAUGCCAUCCCUUUCAUCAUUAUGGGUAAAAGAGUCCUUGAAUGUCAUCAGGGAUAUGACCGAGACAAAAGGAACAACGAAAAGAAAAAAAUGAAAUCAAGAGAAGAUUCUGACCACAUGUACAAACGAAAGCGUAGAUUGGUGCAGAACAGCAAAAAGAAAGCAUGUCCUGUUCGAAUAAAGAUUCGUCAUGUUGUGAAGUUCUCAAGCUAUUCACUGUCUGGUGAAGAAAAUACACGUUAUCAUCAGAAGAAACUGGUGAAGAUUCUUAAAGAAGACUUUAAGAAUUCACAAGCAGAGAAAAUUGAACAUCGUUUUUAUGUACAGUUUCCUGAUGUUAAAGAUCAUAGAAACCAUCUGAAAGGAGAGGCAUCCUGUAUCCUCCAGCCAAUGGACAAAAGACUAUCAGAUUACAUAAAGAAAGUUGUUUCUGAACAUGGAGUGACAAGUACCCUAAAAAUGAAAUUGCUUUUAGAGGUAUUUUUAAAACAAUCAAUCUUUCCAAAUGCUUCUCUUCCACCAAAGCAUAAUAAAAGAUUCUGGCCAUCACUCAAGGAUAUCUACAAUCACAUGGCAGCGCAGUUUUUGAAACUGAGAGAUAGCCGUGUUGACCAGAAAUUGGUAGUUGAAAUGGUGGAAGAGCAACGGUCAUUGCAUAAGGGUGAAAAAUUCUACAUCAGAAUCAAAAAAGACCAGGAACCAGAUCUUGAUAUUGAUGUUCCUGAUGAGAAUGUGUUUCUUGAUGAAGACUUCAUGGUAAGGAAUGAUCGACAAAACAUGGCUGUCCACAAGUUUUUAUAUGUUCAUCAGACUCCUUGGCAGAGACAGCUUCUAAAGAGGUAUGGCAACGAGAUUUGUCUACUGGAUGCUACCUAUCGUACCACCAAGUAUUCCCUGCCAUUGUACUUCCUAUGUGUUCCAACUAAUGUCAAUUACAUGACUGUUGCAACAUUUAUUCUGGAAACAGAGGACACUUUUUCAAUCCAGGAAGCCUUAUCUAUCAUCAAAGCUUGGAAUCCUGAUUGGGAACCAGCAUAUUUCAUGUGCGAUUAUGCUGAAGAGGAAAUAAAUUCAAUUGAAUCUGUGUUUCCAGAGGCAUUAGUGUAUUUAUGCGAUUUCCAUCGUGAACAAGCAUGGGAACGCUGGUUGAAAGCUUCCCACAAUGAUGUUGGAAAGGACAAAUCUGAAAUUUUAAGCUUGCUACGAUCCAUUGCAAGAUCAAAAACUGAAGAAGAGUUUGAAGUAACAAAGUCCAAAUUACAGGAAAGUAAGUUUUGGGAGGACAACACCAGAUUUAGAAGAUGGUUUGAAAGCAGGUGGCUGAACAAACACAAGCGAUGGGUUCAAGCAUUUCGCCAAAAAAGGUUCAAUACAUCUGUAAAUACAAACAAUGGCGUAGAAAGACAGAAUAAAUCUUUAAAAUAUGAGUAUCUGGACACCAAGAAAGCUAAAUCCCUCUGCCACCUUCUCACUGUACUCUGGAAUGAUUUUUUCCCGAUGCUUACCAAAGAAUAUUAUUUAAGGUACAUAAGACAAAAUUUGACAGCAGCAGAAGAGGCAAAGACAUAUAGUGCCAAUGUUCCAGACUUUUUGAGAAACAGGCCAAAAAAUGUAGUAAAACACUGUGUCACAAGAUGGGAAGAAUCAGCCAAUAUACCACCAGAUGACAUUGAUCAUAUAGGAGAUGGUCACUUUCUUGUGAGAAGUCAAUCCCCUGGAAGUUCACAGGUUUAUAGUGUGAACUUCUUCUCGGAGGAGUUCCCUGUACCAUCAUGUGAUUGCGAUGACUGGGCAAGGCACCAUUUGGUUUGCAAGCACUUCUGUGCAAUAUUUAGACAGGUGAAUGGGUGGAAUUGGGAACAACUUCCAGAAGAAUACAGAAGUAACCCCUUCCUUACACUAGAUACAGAUGUUCUUUUGGAAUACAACUCCUUCCCAGCCCAUGAACAUGACCAUGAAAAGGAAAUCAGUUUCUUAGAUGACCAAAAUGAAACUGAAAUCACCAAAGAUGAAAAGUCUCAGAUCCAUGAUAUUGGCUUGCCCAGUAAGGCUAGACUUGCAAAAGUCCACUCAAACAUAAGUAGUCUUUGCCAAGUUAUUAAAGAUCAUGCAUACAACUGCAAGGAUAUUCAAAUAUUGCAAGUAGUUUAUCAAAAUUUACAGCAAAAUGUAGAGAUGCUGAGAAGUAACUUUCCUCAGAAAACCACCUCAUCAGAAUUUAUUUUGGACAACCCAGAUAAGAAGAUGACAUACAUAGCAACAAGGCCAUCAAACAUCAGAAGGUUGUCUCUAUCGAAGAGGAAGAAGAAAGGGGUUGGCAGACAUGGCCUUUCAGCAGAAAGAAUGAGGUACCAUCAUUCUUCAAAGGGAGUAGAUGACCUCAUAACAGAAAGUAAUGAAAGCAGUGUAACUGAGGAAGUCAUCACAAUUGAGGAUGAUGAUAUAUAUUUGCAAGUUCCAGCUGUGAAGGGAAUCUUGAAGAAAACAUUGAAUGAGUGUAACCAAAAAGAAAAAAAGAUUGUUCGAUUUCCUGAUUAUGUACAGGAAGAGAGCAGAAGGGGAAAGGUGUCGACAAUGGACAAUAGUAAAGCAUUGAAGGAGUUGAAGAAAGUUUGGGGCCUGGAAAAUGGUUCUGGUUACAUCUUUGGAAAAGUGUCCAAUUUUUAUGUCACAGACCAUGAUUUAAGAUCUCUUGAUGGCAUAAACUGGUUGACAGAUCAGGUUAUCGAUGCUUAUUUAUCCUUGAUUGUUCAAAAGGAAAUUGAGAAAGGUCACAAAGUUACCAUGUAUUCCUCACAGAUGAUGACCCAAAUAAUGAGUGGAACCUUCUCUGUGAGAAAUUGCCGUCGAAAGUUGAAACUCUAUGGAUAUUCCGCAAUACUUGGAGCUGUUUGCCAAAACCAACAUUGGACACUUGCAAUAAUAAAUCCGGGAGAGGGCAUUGUUAAUUAUUUCAAUCCAAUGUCGGAGAGGAGAAUACAGAUUGAAGAAAUUCAAAGAAACUGGUGUUUGUACAUAAAUGAGAGGAUGUUAGUGUACAAUGAGCUGGAAAUCAAAGACUGGGUUGUACAGACAACAGAUCAUUCCAAACAGAAAGACAGCUACAACUGUGGAGUUUACUGCCUAAUGUUUGCUGAAAGAUAUUUCAGCAAGGAACUAAAUAUGAACAUACCAAGAUCUGAACUAAAGUGUGCAAGGGAAAAAAUUGCAUUAGCUCUGAUGAAAUUUUGUGGUUAUCAAACAGAUUUCUGUCCUUCUUGUGGAUUUACUACUUGUCAGGAAAAAUGGAUCGCAUGUGAAAAGUGUGCAAGGACAUUCCACAGGACCGAUGACUGCAUUGGAUUUGAGAACAUAUCCAAAAAAUCUCUGAUUUGCAGGAUGUGCUUGAUUAAUACUCCACAGGUAGAAAAAAAUUUGGAGACUUCAAAGGACAGUGUGAAAGUUGGAGAAAAUAAAUGUUUGCAGAGCUUGAAGAGUGAAAAUGCAGUUGAGAGCUUGUGGGCAAAAAAGCCAGUUGGACACCUGUGUUGUAAAAUUGGUCACCACAAAUUGAGUGACAUUUCUUUUCAUUGUUUGAAAACAAUGCUUCCGGACGAGAUCAUUGAUGUUUACAUAUAUCUGCUGACUUCUUCUCAUGAGAACAAGAGGGUGUAUCAUGUCAAGUGCCCUAUAAUGACGGCAAUAUUUCAAGGGAAUGGAGAGUUGCAUGGCUUCCUUAAUACAGAGGUGCCCAAGUUGGAUGAAUUUGAUAUUAUUUGUGGUGCACUAAAUGAAGGUUCAUGCCACUGGAGCCUCAUUUACGUGGAACCUCAGAAUAAAUUGUUGUAUUACAUCAACCCAUUAGGAGAGUCAUACAACAGGCUAGGACAAAUUGAAGAGAAGUGGAAAGAAUUUUUAUUCGGUAGAGAAAAUUUGGGCAUCGAGGAAUCCACCACUGAGUGGUAUGUCCAUGCUAAAAAACAUCCACGUCAGAGGGAUUCUACAUCCUGUGGAGUGAUAGUCUUGAAGUUUUUAGAGUGUUUGCUUCAAGAUGAUGAUUUGGAUAUUAAUAUCCAAAAGAGUGAAAUGAUGCAAGCGAGAAAAAACAUUGGGCAACUCCUGUUAAAAAACAGUGAUGAUUUGGAUUGCUACUGCCGGUAUUGUUUCACAAAAGCAUCAACAUUAAAGGGACCAUUGGUUCGAUGUGAGCAAUGUAUUGAGCCAAAGUUCUUUCACAGAACCUGUGUAUGUCACUUGCAUUCAGCUUUAGACAGUGAUCCUAUUCAAGAGGUCAAAGAGAUCUCUGGAGAAUAUAAUUUGAGGAAAGACCCCCAAAAGAAAAGAAAGAGAGCAUCUUUCUUGUACUCAGAUAUUAGAGGAAGGUACACAAAAGUUUCAGCAUGCCAUUGCAUUGAAGUUGAAAAUUUCUUAGUUAGACUUUUAAAGCAAUUGCAAUAAUUUCAGCAGUUUAAUUAAUGCUGUAGUUGUAGCAAACAACCAUUGCAAAGAUUCUCUCAUCCUUUUAUGUUUACAAAUGGGAAUCUUUGAAAUGUUCCUAGUUCAAUCAUUAUUACACAUGUAAAUGAAAGUUUCAUACUAAACAUUUUUGCAUGGUUUGAAGUACUAAUAAUGAUAUUUAGUAAACAUGCAAGCAUGUAACAUAUAAAAUGCACCCAUUUUGAAUAUGUUGAAUUCAGCACCAGGCAAAAAAUACAAUUAGCUAAAAAAAAAA